AUGACAAGAAUGAGGAUUUUACUUAGUAUCCUGCUUUUGAAGGCUUGCAAUUAUUUACUGCCCUUAUUUACUGAGCAAGCUAUGCUCCUCUUGAAAUUUAGUGGCAUUUGACAGUCAUUCACUUCUGAAAGGUUAUUGUAAGCCACUCUGGAAUUCUAAAAAUAAUAAGUUGAACAAUGAGCUUUUUAUUUAACUAGGGAUUUUCCCUGAUACUGAUUCAGGCAGACCAUUAAUAUCCCCCAUGCCAGAUAAUUUAUUUGUUUCUGGAACCUGUUCUGUCAAAUGAGAAGGUGUUCUCAAAAUCAGUAGCUGUGUGUGCUGUGACCUGUGUUAGUCCUGGCUGUGUGUGAGCCUGACUGUCUUAAAUUGCCAGGCAUUUUAAUAUAGGUGAGAACUAUUGAGUUGUAGGGUAGAUGCACAUCAUCUCUGGCGGCAGUUGUGCCUCCUCGGAAGUUUGCUGCUGGAAGCUGGUAAUUGCUGCUCCAGUUUUCUGGCAGGUACGCUUGAGAGAUCCCUCCUCUGACUUGUCUCAGCUCACAUGAGGCAGGGCAUUGCAGGCUCCUUCAGUCGUACGUCUUUGCUAACUCUAGUUACCGUCUAGGCUUUGCCUUAAAAGUUUCCGCUAGCAAAGUGAGUAGUGUGGUGUGUCUCUAGAGAACGUUUGCUCACUGGAGGCUGCAGUCUUUGAGUGAUGUGAUCCUGGACGCAACAUGGAUAGAUCGGUGCUUGGAGCGGAAAGGAUGAUGACGUCUGGGAGGCUGAAGGCAGUGGUGGUACCAAGCGUUUGGAAACAUUUACCUCUCCACCCAGUGCACUUGGAGCCAUAAGAAAACCAGUGUCUACGCUGAUACGGUGCUGCUUCAUGUCUGCAGUGGUCCAUGUUGGUUCAGUGGUUUGAUUAAACCAAAGGCCUAAACACGAAGAUGGAGUGUCAGAAAAUUAUCAAUUUUGGAAACCAGCUUCUUCGACGGAAAAAUGUGGACUGCACUCGAGAAGACAGCCGGCUCUCACGAUGCCUCAACACUUUUGACUUAGUGGCUCUGGGUGUAGGCAGCACAUUGGGUGCAGGUGUCUAUGUCUUGGCCGGAGCUGUGGCACGGGAGAAUGCAGGACCUGCCAUCGUUAUCUCCUUCUUGAUUGCUGCCUUGGCUUCAGUGCUGGCUGGACUAUGCUACGGAGAAUUCGGUGCUCGAGUUCCUAAGACAGGAUCAGCUUAUCUCUACAGCUACGUGACCGUGGGCGAGCUGUGGGCCUUCAUCACAGGGUGGAAUUUAAUCCUCUCCUAUGUUAUUGGAACCUCAAGUGUGGCCAGAGCUUGGAGUGCAACGUUUGAUGAAAUCAUAGGCCAGCACAUUGAAGAAUUUUGUAGAAAAUACAUGACAAUGGAUGCUCCCGGAGUGCUAGCAAAAUACCCAGACAUCUUUGCAGUGGUGAUAAUUGUCAUCCUAACAGGGCUUUUAAUUUUUGGCGUGAAGGAAUCUGCCCUGGUGAACAAAGUGUUCACCUGCAUCAAUAUCCUCGUCCUCGGCUUUGUCAUGGUCUCGGGUUUCGUGAAAGGGUCUGUUAAAAACUGGCAGCUGACUGCACAGGACAUUUACAACACCAGCCACAGCAUUUACGGAGACAAUCAAACACAGGGAGAAAAGUUCUACGGUGUUGGAGGGUUUAUGCCCUAUGGAUGGAAAGGAGUCCUCUCGGGAGCAGCCACGUGUUUUUAUGCUUUUGUGGGAUUUGACUGUAUUGCUACUACAGGUGAGGAGGUAAAAAACCCGCAGAAGGCCAUUCCUAUUGGCAUUGUGGCAUCUCUGCUUAUCUGCUUCGUGGCUUAUUUUGGUGUGUCAGCUGCCCUGACACUCAUGAUGCCUUACUACCAGCUGGAUACCAACAGCCCAUUACCCAAUGCCUUUAAAUAUGUGGGUUGGGAUGGAGCCAAUUAUGCAGUCGCUGUCGGUUCCUUGUGUGCUCUUUCUACAAGUCUCCUUGGCUCCAUGUUUCCGAUGCCUCGAAUAAUUUAUGCUAUGGCAGAAGAUGGACUUCUCUUUAAAUUUUUGGCUAACAUCAAUGAGAAGAGAAAAACUCCAAUAAUUGCAACAUUGACAUCAGGGGCCGUUGCAGCUGUUAUGGCCUUUCUCUUCGACUUGAAAGAUCUUGUGGAUCUCAUGUCCAUUGGGACCCUCCUGGCUUACUCCUUGGUAGCAGCCUGUGUGUUGGUACUGAGGUAUCAGCCAGAGCAGCCUAAUUUGGCAUACCAGAUGGCUAGGACAACAGAAGAGACAGAUAACAAUGAGUCUGUGAGCACCAGCGAGUCGCAGGCUGGAUUUCUGCCAGAGGAAGAGGAGAAGUGUUCCCUCAAAGCCAUAUUGUGUCCCCCAAAUUCGGACCCUUCCAAAUUCUCUGGCUCAGUGGUGAACGUCUCAGCCUUUAUUAUUGGUUUCCUCAUUGUGGGUAGCUGUAUCUUGACUGCCCUUGAGCCAAGCAUUCUGAUAAAGGCUGUAUGGAUUAUUGCUGCCAUCCUUGUUUUUGUUGUCAGCUUUGUUAUAUGGAAACAGCCUGAAAGCAAAACUAAGCUCUCCUUUAAGGUACCUCUUUUGCCUCUUCUUCCUGUUCUAAGUAUUUUUGUGAAUGUUUACCUCAUGAUGCAGCUAGACCUAGGCACAUGGAUACGGUUUGCAGUCUGGAUGCUCAUAGGCUUUAUCAUCUACUUUACCUAUGGAAUAUGGCACAGUGUGGAAGCCACCUACGCGGCCUCAGCAGACGCAGAGAGAAGCACGGAGGCUGGUUCAGACAGCUGUAAAUGACUGCGUGUUGGGCUCACAGGCAACUGGGGAACGGCUGCAGCAAAGGAAGCUUUGUGGUGGGGAUCCUGAACUGGGUGACAGCUGGUUAAUCUGGAAUGCAGGAAUAAGGAAGGAUAAUACGCAGGAAUCCCCAGCCCUGUUGCUGCUCCUUGCAGUUCGCUUAGUAGCACAGUUAAAAGGGAUCACAAGGAAAAAAGCCACACCUCUGGCAUUCUCCUGGUGACACUGUCAGCUCAUCUGGGGCUAUGCGCUUCCCUUCCUCCCUCUCCUGUUUUCCCCCCGCCCAGUGUGUAGAAAGAAAACUGCUUCUGUGUGCCAGUUAACCUUAAAUGCUGCUAUGAAACCAGACCUCACAAAGGUCUUUCUUUGAGUAGCUCCAGGAAUUACCUCCCCACAGAUACUCUACUUGAUUAUACAUGGAGCAGAUUUUGCAGUGCCACUGUCAGGCUGAUCAGAUCAUGCAACAUGAGCUCUUCUGCACGUGUAUGCACAAAAAAAAAGGCUCUCACCAAACACCAGCUUUCACCUGGUUAAGAAAUCACCUGCAAGACUUGCAUUCUUUAAAGUAUCAGGUCUCUCAGUUUUUGUUGUGUUUAUUUUUUAACUAUAUGCUCAUAUGCUUUAAAGCCCACUGCUGGUGUGAAAUGUUGAGAGGAUUUGUGGACUC